AUGGCUCUAGUGGCUUUUGUACGCGGCUUUACGCUGGCUCCACUUGGCCGCAUGGGAUCGCGAUGCCCUGAGCCUCAGGAUUUUUGCUGGCGCUGGCCUGGCUGUUCGUCGCGACUUAAACAGUCCGAGGCCUUGCUGUUGCUUAUCUUCGGAGGCGAGCGUGUCCAUGUGGCCCCGGCCACCAAGAGCUUCACCGCAGCUCACAUGCACGUGACAUGCCCGCGGCCCAUGGGGAUAUGUUGCGGCUCCGGCCAUCUGUGCAUGCCGGCACCGGCACUUGUCAUUUCGAACCCGAGCGAGGAUAGCGCCUUUGCUGCAAAAUUUGCCUGA